CUUGUUCGAGAACUACGCACUUACUUGUAUUUUCUACAAAUCACAGGUUCUUCUUUUCCUCUCAGAUCACCGCCGGACUGAUCUGUUGAGAGGUUGUCUUCACUAGCUACGGGAAGAAACAGACUGAGAGACUCCGCUGUCUUCCAUAAAACACUCGUCGCCUCUCCCAUACAGAGAAGCUAUGACAUCACCAUCAGACCGGAAUUGUCCAGAAAGGAACUAUCCGGAUCCGUUGCACGGACUGAUCCGGACUCCUGACGAGCCCUCCGCGCCGGCGUCCUCCCGAGCAUCCGAACACCAGGAGCAGAGCGUGUCCUCCCCUGGCGGCGUGGCAGGUGGGCCCGCCUGCAGUUCCCAGGACAGUCCGCAGUGUGGCUGCACUGGCACGCACUUCCACCCGCCUGAUCUGAACAAACUAGGACUGGCACCGCUAGGGGCACUCCCCAGAGACAAGUAUUCGCGGCAGGCGGCGCAGGAGGACGGGAGGGAGAUGCCAGAGUACAAGCAGUUGAUGAUCCGCUGUAAGGAGGUGACCGCCAUGAUGGGACCUGAUCUGACUGAUCCAAAGAACAGGGCCAGGAACAAGAAAAGUUCGACGUUGGUCACUAAAUACAGCGGACCUUGUUCCUACCUACCGACCCUCGUGUCAGCAGACUCCUCUCAGCACUGCAGCACCCUCCUCAUCCCAGGUACCUCCGGCUUCCCGCCUGUAUCUUCUGACGAGUCCAUGCGGCACAGGAAGUCAGGGAAACAUCACAAGAAGUCAGGGAAAAGGGCACGAAAGAGCAGCAGCAACUCCAAACGCCGGCGAGCGUCACCGACCGUUCUGCCUAACACUGGCAACAGCUUGCCGAAGCUGGCAGUGUCGGCAGCAGGCGUGCCGUACCCUCGCACGGACAGCAAAGUCUUCAAGGUAGACCGACUUCAGCCCAUACACACCACAAGCACCGCUACGUCUGCCCAUCGGACCAUCAGAGGCGGCAAGAAGUCACCGCACAAACGGCGGAAGAGCAGCAAAACGUCCACUUGAAAUGUCAGUCGUCACCACAGUAGAUAUACUAAGGAAAACUACGUCAGGAGAUCCAAGCACACGCCAAGCACGCCCCAUGGCCAGUUCCCACUUGUAAAUAAAAGAUAACGUUGUUAUACAAUGUUACCUAUCGUCUUAUAUCGACAUCGCUUGGUUAUGGACAAGAUAUGGAAAUAGUUCAGACGAGCUGCUAGGAUGUUCUCUAUCAAUGUGAUUCUCUAUAUGACACUUGCUGUUUAUUCGUUGUCAAGUGACUGCAUGUGUGCACUUAUUUACAGCUAUGUAUCUAUCAGUAAAACGAUUUCUGUAGAAUAUCUCAUUUACAAGUGCAUAGUGGGAUCAAACAUAUCAUUAACUGUAUAGGUACUCUGUAACUUAGUCUGGCAACUCCGCACAACCUCAAUACACCGCAUGAGGUCCUGGU